AUUCUGCGAGGUGAUAAGUUGAGGAAACAUGGCGACGUCUAAUUUGUUAAAGAACAAGGGGUCCCUGCAGUUUGAGGACAAGUGGGACCUGAUGCGGCCCAUCGUUCUCAAGCUGCUCAGACAGGAGGCCGUCACUAAGCAACAGUGGUUCGACUUGUUCUCAGAUGUCCACGCUGUGUGUCUGUGGGACGACAAAGGCCCAGCCAAGAUCCACCAGGCUCUCAAAGAGGACAUCCUAGACUUCAUCAAACAAGCACAGGCACGGGUGCUGAGCCACCAGGACGACACAGCGCUGCUGAAGGCCUACAUCGUGGAGUGGAGGAAGUUCUUCACCCAGUGCGACAUCCUGCCCAAGCCCUUCUGCCAGCUGGAAAUCACACUGAUGGGCAAACAAGGCAGCAACAAGAAGACCAACGUGGAGGACAGCAUCGUACGCAAGCUGAUGUUGGACACGUGGAACGAGUCGAUCUUCUCCAACAUAAAGAGCCGUCUGCAGGACAGCGCCAUGAAGCUCGUGCACGCCGAGAGGCUGGGAGAGGCCUUCGACUCCCAGCUAGUGAUAGGAGUACGAGAGUCCUACGUGAACCUGUGCUCUAACCCAGAGGACAAGCUGCAGAUCUACAGGGAUAACUUUGAGAAGGCUUACCUGGACUCCACAGAGAGAUUUUACCGAACCCAGGCACCGUCCUACCUGCAACAGAACGGCGUCCAGAACUACAUGAAAUAUGCAGAUGCCAAGCUGAGAGAAGAGGAGAAGCGAGCACUUAGAUAUCUAGAGACACGUCGUGAAUGUAACUCUGUUCAAGCACUUAUGGAAUGUUGUGUGAAUGCUCUGGUGACUUCGUUCAAAGAGACGAUCCUGGCCGAAUGUCCGGGGAUGAUCAAACGUAACGAGACAGACAAGCUGCACCUGAUGUUUUCUCUGAUGGACAAGGUUCCCAGCGGGAUCGAGCCCAUGCUGAAAGACCUGGAGGAUCACAUAGUCAACGCUGGACUGGCAGACAUGGUGGCUGCUGCUGAGACUAUCACUACUGACUCUGAGAAGUACGUGGAGCAAUUGCUGACUUUGUUUAACCGCUUCAGUAAACUGGUGAAGGAAGCCUUCCAGGAUGACCCGCGCUUCCUCACUGCCAGAGACAAGGCCUACAAGGCUGUUGUCAACGACGCCACAAUAUUCAAACUGGAGCUGCCCAUGAAACAGAAAGGUGUGGGCCUGAAGACUCAGCCGGAGUCAAAGUGUCCCGAGCUGUUGGCGAACUACUGUGACAUGCUGCUGAGGAAAACUCCUCUCAGCAAGAAACUCACCUCAGAGGAAAUCGAGCUCAAACUCAAAGAAGUGCUCUUGGUGUUGAAGUACGUGCAGAAUAAGGAUGUAUUCAUGCGUUACCAUAAAGCUCACCUGACCAGGCGUCUGAUCCUGGACAUUUCAGCAGACAGCGAGAUUGAGGAGAACAUGGUGGAGUGGCUGCGGGAAGUAGGAAUGCCAGCCGACUACGUGAACAAACUGGCCAGGAUGUUUCAGGAUAUCAAAGUCUCAGAAGAUCUCAACCAAGUCUUCAAGGAGAUGCACAAACACAACAAACUGGCACUGCCAGCGGACAGCGUGAACAUCAAGAUCCUGAAUGCCGGAGCAUGGUCGAGGAGCAGCGAGAAGGUUUUUGUCUCGCUGCCCACGGAGCUGGAGGACCUGAUCCCUGAGGUGGAGGACUUCUACAAGAGGAACCACAGUGGGCGCAAACUGCACUGGCAUCACCUCAUGUCCAACGGCAUCAUCACCUUUAAGAACGAGGUGGGUCAGUAUGACCUGGAGGUGACGACCUUCCAGCUGGCUGUGCUGUUCGCCUGGAACCAGAGACCCAGGGAGCGAAUCAGCUUCGAGAACCUCAAACUGGCCACGGAGCUGCCAGACGCAGAGCUUCGCCGCACACUCUGGUCGUUGGUUGCCUUCCCCAAGCUGAAGAGACAAGUUCUGUCCUACGACCCCCCGGUCAGCUCGCCCAAAGAUUUCACCGACAGCACGCUCUUCUACGUCAACCAGGAGUUCUCACUCAUCAAAAACUCCAAAGUCCAGAAGCGGGGGAAGAUCAACUUGAUUGGUCGCCUUCAGCUGACCACGGAGCGAAUGAGAGAGGAGGAGAACGAAGGCAUCGUUCAGCUCAGAAUACUCAGAACUCAGGAGGCCAUCAUCCAGAUCAUGAAGAUGAGGAAGAGGAUCAGCAACGCCCAGCUGCAGACGGAGCUGGUGGAGAUCCUGAAGAACAUGUUCCUGCCCCAGAAGAAGAUGAUCAAGGAGCAAAUCGAGUGGCUCAUCGAGCACAAAUACAUCAAGCGGGACGAGGCGGACAUCAACACCUUCAUCUACAUGGCCUAGAGGGCGGGGAAGGCGGGAGAGCUUUCCUGCUCUGGAUUUUUUUGUACACCUGGCCCGCGACCGAAGCUUUAAACACUUUGAAGAAGGACGAGAGGUUGCGUUUUGAGGGAGAUCUGGAGGAGGAAGUUGUGUCGGAAGAGAAAAGUGACAAUGACAAGUAGGGAUUACAUUGAAGGGACAAGGAAAAGAAUUUCUGCCUGUGGAAGAGGAGGGAGAAGUGUGUCUUUCUUGUGUGUGUGUUUGUGUGUGUGUGUGUGUGUGUGUGUGUGUGUGUGUGAGAGAGAGAGACGGCCGGCAGUCGUUGUUGAAGUCAUGACGAGGCGUGGCGCUGGGUCGUCGGACUGGCUGCUGUCUCUGACGCCCUCUAGUGUUGAGCGGAGGAGAGGGACGGCAGUGCGUGCCAUCUGCCAGCAGCUCAGAAGAAAUGAUUAGUGACAUAAUUCAAUUAAAUACUUCCUGCCUUACUUUUGUUAGCGACAGACUGCAGAGGAGGAGGAGGAGAUGGAACUAGCUGAUAUCAAUCUUUUGCUUUCCGCAGCUGCCGCCUGUGGCCGUUUUGCGUCCCUCCCAUUGAGCGUUUGUUUAAUUUCGACUGGGAACGCAAAAAAAAGGCGCCAGUGAAAGCUACCUAUGAGGAGGAGAGGACAUGGAGAGACUAGUCGAUACUACCGAGGAGUAUUUUGCCAAAUGUGUGUGUGUGUGUGUGUGUGUUUGCGUGCAUGGGGAGCGUUUGGCCUUUUAAGUGUGUGUGUGUAUGUAUGUGUGUGUGUGUGUGUGUGUGUGUGUGUGUGCUUGUGUGUACUUUUCAACAGCAUGCUGCUCUCUGAAAUGUUUUUGUUCAUUGGAGGAUCUGUCACGUUUGUUAGUGGUUUUGUCUGAAAAGUCCGACCAGGGUGGGAAACUGAAACCAGACGCCACUCAGAUGCUGGUAAUAUUUUGUUUUUGUUUUUGUUUUUGUUUUUGUUUUGUUUGCUGUGGCCGGUAAGCUCGUCAAUAGGUAGCCAGCUAUUAUCUGAAGGCCCUAGUCUAUUCUGAAAGUUUAUUUUUGCUGUUAAAAGUAAGUGAAAUUGUUCUAUGAAAUUUAGGAUAUUACUGAACAAAAAGCUACUUUCCCACCCUGGUUCCUCAUGACCAGGUACUUGAUUAUGAAAUGAGAAAAAAAAAAAAAAAAACACACUCACACACUGGGUUGAAGCUCCUUUAGUGAGCUUUUUCUUUGUCUUGGUUUUUUCCUUUAUGAAAGCAUCAAUCUUUAUUCUGUUUCAGCGCUAGUAGAAUGCCAUAAAACUGAACCAAAUGCAGAACACACACACACUCAUACACACACACACACACACACAACAUAUUUAUUUCAGUAAGGGUUAAGAUUAUGAGCUGUUGUUUUUUUAGUGUGUUCCUGUUACUUAGAGGGCAGUACACAGUAUGAACUUUUGGACAUAGCCAUUAUGAUGAGCGUGUGUGUGUGUGUGUGUGUGUGUGUGUGUGUGUGGGUGGGUGGGUGUUGCUCCUCUCCUCUGCCUGUCCUGCCUCAGUCCACAGAUCCAAAAGACACCACCGUUCUUCUCACCACGUCAGCAAACGUUUAGCCUACUUCCUGACAAACCUAAAAGAAGUCAGUUCUAACUCUUGAAUACAACAUGACAGAAAUUUUGAAUGACAUCAGCAAAAUGACACAAGCUUUUUGAAGAGCGCGGCUGAAUCAAAGCAGGCGGUUGUAGACGGCAGUGAUAGUCAGGCUGGUUAUGAUACUAGCCCAUUCUCUGGUUAUAUUAUUCUCUCCUGGUUACGUUGAGGCUGUCCGCUGGAAUGUUUUGGUCCCCCACAAGUGUUUUCUUGAUGGCGAGCAGAGCUUCAGAAUCAGUUUUAUUCCAACAUAAGAUAUAAACCAUUUGACAAAACUGCAAACUCUAUGAAUGCUGGCACAAAACUACAGAACUCUGAUAAACUGUUUUUGAAGGCAAAACUUGUUUUUAAACAUAUUGAAUAAUGAAUUUAGGGCAGUGUAUUUGUCCCAAAAUAAAUAUGUAGCAAUUUUGGAAUGUAACUCUUCCCUUAGACCAAAAAAGACACUAAUAUUCUAUAAUGUUCUAAUGCUCUAUUCUUAAAAUCAACACUAUUUAUUUUUUCACCAAGUGAAAUCAUCUCGUCUGCAGAGUUCUUAUAGCAUGGAAAAUUAACUUGGUCAUUUGAAAUGUGGCGUGUAAUAUUCUGCAGUCGGGCAGGAACUGAAAAUGUUGGGGGGAAAAAAAUUGCCUUGGGUUUCAGUAGAAUCACAGCAACACAUUUUACCGAGUCACAGAAACAGUAAAGUUCAUAAAGCCCUGGCGUUGUGUGGACUCUAACACUGACGAUAUUGGCGCAUAGAGGUCAAAAUUAUUUCAGAAUAACACACUUUAAAUAGAUUAUUUUAACAGCAGCUUCCCUCAUGAGCCAAAUAUAGGCACACAGGGUCUGAUGAAUUGGAAAUGAGAAUUUAAAAAAAAAAAAAAAAAGUGUGUAUUCUCAGUUUAGCUGCAGUGAGCAACCAGGCGGCAGGUAUUUGCUACACAUUCACUCUUAUGAGAAGAGAACGGCUGAGACAUGAUAAUAAUAACAAUAACAAUAAUAACAAUAAUAAUAAUAAUAAUAAUAAUCUGCAGAUGAGGAGUUUCAAAGAGGACCAAGGACUUGCGUUACACACUGUCCUUCAAAAAGUACUAUUCAUUUUUCACUGUGUGAUAUUAAGAGAUUAUCAUUUUGGAAAUCGCGGUGGAAUCAGUUGAACUGUAAACAGGAGCAGGACAGGCAGCGAGGCGGGACGAGAAGAGCACAGUGAAUGUGUGGGCUUUAAUUUCUCAUAUUUAUUUCAUAUUUAUACAGCAGAAUGUCACUUUGAGUAGGGUUGUAUAUUUUGUUUGUUUUCCCGUCUUCACCCUUCUUCAUCCCGUCUUCAUAUAAGAGUAAGGGUUUCCGCUGUUACCAGUUAAUGCAUCUGCACAGCCGUGUUGGCAUUUUGUUCAUUGACAUGCACAGCAGUUCUUAAUUUACUGAAAGUCAUCCCUUGUCAUCCCAGCUUUCUGUCACAGAGACAAAAUUGUAGCAACAAAUUAUUCCUAUGAAAAAUUAGUUCAUUUCAGUCAUUACAGGGCCUGGAUGUCCUUGGUUUUAUUUCAAGUGAUUGACAUAAUAAACACACACACACACACACACACACACACACACACAAAAUGCCAAAUGUGUCUCUUUGCUGUUAACUCAGCUCUGUGUGGUGAAGCCCUGCUAGCUCAGACAAAGCAAACUCCCAUCAGUCACAUUAUGCAGUUAUUUUCCUGGUGUACACACCUGGGUCAGAUAUUAUUUUGGAAAUGAUUCGCAGAGUUUGUUUGAAAUUGCCUGUUGUCCUUUGAGAGAGACAAAGGAGAGAGUUUCAGUAAGUUAACGCUGUUUCAAUGUCAGUAGUCCAGACUUUCAGUGGUCAGCAGCUUGUUUGACAGUCUCUGUAAUGUCUUGAUGAUGUGCUUUCACCUGCAAGUUAAAACAAACGCUACUAAUAAUUUCUCUCAUCCAAGUCUGUCUGUCCAGGGAGCAUCCCACUGCCUGGCAGUCGGUGUCUGCCCACCUUUAAAGGUAACAUCUGCCCUAACACACUGAACUGAUGAUGUACUUUGCAUUUCUAGGUCUAUUUUGUCGUUUGAUAUUUUUUUCUUAUUCCCAAUUAGGCCCAAUUGUAGACGUCUUGAUGUUAUGUCCAGAUAUUUCCAGCACAGCUGCAGGGGACUUUGUUAGCCGAAAGUGCUCCAGUAAUCUCAAACACCAAAGUAAACGUCAGGUUUUGGUGUUGGUCUCUCACAAUCAAAAACUUAUGGCUUCUUUUUGAAGCCGCCACUUUGCACCGAUGUUCAACAAUCACACCGGGAGAAAUCCAUGGUAGAAAAGGACAGAUAGAGCAGCAGGCAGUGCAGCCGUGAUGCAUGAUGGGUUCUGCCCCAGUCCUCACAAACGAGUUAGCUAGCUGAAACUGUGUGGCUGAAAGCGUCAGGUUGAAAGUCAUUCUGUGAAAUGUGGAGCAUCACUAACUGAGGUCCUGUAGAUGGAGAGGAGGCGGGUGGAGGGAAGAUAGAUCCUCUGAAAAGGUAAACUGUAACACUUCAGCGCAAAAUAACUCCUGAAAUGCAAUGAAUAUCACAGACUGGGGAUUUCUAACUGUAAACGAGUGGGUUUCUGCUAUUAUAAUGCAUAAUAGUCAAACAGUUUGCACCUUUUUGGCUUUUAUUUCCGUAUUUAUGCCACUGAUACUAAUGGGUCCAUGUCAAAAGCCCUGACCUGAGACAGAUGGUAUUUCCAUGGCUCAUUUUAGCCUGCACACGAGUCAGACCAGUGGUUUGCCAGAGAAUUAGAAGACAAAAACCUGUUAGAGCAUCGGUUUAGUUUGUUUUCCUGUGAUCGUAGCUGGCACGGUGAAACUCCACCGCCCUGGAAAGGAAAAUCAAAAGGCUUUGUGACACUUUGUGCAAGUACAUUUUCACUCUGUCCUGACAGACAGCAGCUCGGUCUCUGAGGGUGAGUGGGGUUUAAGUUUCAUGCUGUAGUGUCUCUACUGACACACACACUCUCUCCUUGUUUUUUUUUUUUUGUUUGUUUGUUUGUUUCCCUAGGUCUUGACAGUUUGUUGUGACAUGAACUUUUGCACUGACUAGCUUCGACAGACCUCAGCCGUGUCUGGAAGCUCUGACACUCUGUUGUCGACACGUCCAUCUGUCUAAUUUAGAACAACUUAUCGCUGUUGUCACGAAAACCUCAUGUGUAACUCCAGUUUGGAUGACUUUCAUGUUUUACAAUUAAAAGUUGUAGAGCUCCUUCAGGAGUUGAGACGGUUCUACAACUCGUGGGCUCAUGAAACCCUUAAGGAAAAAAAACAUGCAAUGAACUCAGAACAAAGCUGGGUUUCUUAGGCCCUGAAACGUUGACAUUGAGCACAUGCUGGGAUUCCACCCAGUUGAAACCGAUAUUUUCAACACAGCAUAUGUUAACAACACAACUAACACAAGCAUAUGUCAGUCUGUUGACCCAAAAGACACACACACGCACACACACGCACGCAGACACAAAGGAAAGUGAGAUGUGGUUCAGUUUUUCUGAUACAGUCUAAUCUGAUGGGGCCAAAAAGGACCUUAGCAGCAGUACUUUUUUUUUUUUUAUUUUUAUUUUUUUUUUAUUUAAAGCAGUGUGUUCAUUGAUCAGACACACUCAUCCACAGUCACAUACCACAUGUGCAGCAGCAGAAUAAGCUUCAGUCACACACAACCAACAUUUCAAAGGAUAUGCAAGAGUCAGAGCCUCUCAGCCCUCGACACAGCACACGUUCAGGUGUUUCGCUUUUGCUGUUAUUUACAACAUACAAAGGCAUCACUGAACUUAAAGGUGACCUUGUCUUCAAAUACAAGGAGGAAUCCUCUUUCACUGCCCUAUUAUCAUUAUUAUUAUUAUUAUUGUUGUUACAUACCAUCCGUUUUAAGCCAUGUUACACGAUAGUUUGACUUGUUAUAUUCAUCUAAAGAAUGAGCAGUAUUAGCUGGUGAAUCUGAACUCUUUCUGUAGCUACUUUUUUUUUCUUUCUCUGUCAUGACAAGUCAUUUUAUCCUGGUCAGAGAUGUGGGAUUGGACUUGUUGUACUGUCUUGAAUGGAGGGUUAAAGAAGCUAAACUGACACGCUGAGCUGAAUGUGAUUUCUGAGCGUGAGGACCGGGCUCGGACACGGCGGUGGCUCACGGAUGUGUGCGGUUACGUGACAUGAACUUUGACAGACACUUUGCUCGUUUGAAAUGUGUACCCGCCCGUCACCCCCUGGCCUGUGGUGGAAACGUACUCGUAGCCUUGCUUGGUGACAAAACUUGAAAGAAAGCGAAUCAAUCAGACCCUGAAACCAGUUGAAUGUUUGCCACUGCAUCAAGUAAAGACGUUAAACUGUGUGUCGUUGAAAUGGGAGUAGAAUGGUUCAACUACUUUGAUGUGCUGCAUUGUUUUGUUUUGUUUUUGUUUUUUUGUUUUUAAUUAUUUUUUAAGUUGAAUAAUUUAUUUCCUGGCAAAAUAAAGACUGAACUGUAAAGAGACAGA